AUGAAUGAUAUUGGAAACUACAGACCCUCAGUCUAUGGAGGGGGUGGUACAAAAGCCACCUUAGCCUGGGGACCACAGAACCUCAAGCCAUGGGGGAGGGGGGAACAGACCCUCAAUCUAUGGACCGGGGUGGGGACAAAGGCCACCUUAGCCUGGGGACGGGGAAGCCUUCGGGAAGGCCGGGCUGUGGGUGCUGGGGGUGGGGGCCAGACGGAGGCUGCGCAGAGCCGCGCGCAGGUGGCGGUGGCGGUGGCGGGUGCGGGUGCGGGCGCGUGCGCGGCGGCGCGGGCUGGCGGAGGCGCCCCCGCUGCGGCCCGAGCGGCCUGGCUGCGGGAUCCGAGCGCCGCGAUGGUCGCCCCGGGGGCCUGGGCGCCGCUGCUGCUGCCGCUGCUGCUGCUGCUGCUGCUGGCGGGGCCCGUCGCUUGCGCCGCCAGCCCCGCGGACGACGGCGCGGGCCCGGGGGGCCGGGGACCCCGGGGCCGCGCUCGGGGGGACGCGGGCGCCUCGGACGAAGCGGGGCCGCGCCACGACUCCUCCUACGGCACCUUCGCCGGGGAGUUCUACGACCUGCGCUAUCUGUCGGAUGAGGGUUACCCUUUCCCUACUGCUCCUCCUGUGGACCCAUUUGCCAAAAUCAAAGUGGAUGACUGUGGAAAAACUAAGGGGUGCUUUAGAUAUGGCAAACCGGGCUGUAAUGCCGAGACCUGUGACUACUUCCUUAGCUACCGAAUGAUAGGGGCUGAUGUGGAAUUUGAGCUCAGUGCAGACACAGAUGGUUGGGUAGCUGUUGGAUUCUCUUCUGACAAGAAAAUGGGUGGUGAUGAUGUCAUGGCCUGUGUUCAUGAUGAUAAUGGCAGGGUUCGAAUACAGCACUUCUAUAAUGUCGGCCAGUGGGCAAAGGAAAUUCAGAGAAAUCCUGCCAGAGAUGAAGAAGGAGUUUUUGAGAACAACCGGGUCACCUGCAGAUUUAAACGUCCCGUGAAUGUUCCUAGAGAAGAAACAAUUGUCGAUCUGCAUUUGAGCUGGUAUUACCUCUUUGCUUGGGGUCCCGCUAUUCAAGGUUCUAUCACUCGACAUGAUAUAGACUCACCACCAACUUCUGAGCGUGUUGUCAGUAUUUACAAGUAUGAAGACAUUUUCAUGCCAUCUGCUGCCUAUCAGACCUUCUCCUCUCCAUUUUGUUUGCUUCUUAUUGUUGCCCUAACUUUCUACUUAUUGAUGGGAACCCCUUAAUUGUAGUUGUGAAGCAAAUAAUGAGAUGGAGUAGAAAGUCCUUAGUAUACAUAACUUUUAAAAGGCAAUGUAGUAUAAUUUUAACUUACAUUAUUUAAAAAAAAAAAAAAGACUCGUGAUUUUGGUUUUGCCAAAGUAGUCAAGCUGCUUUUCCAGAAAAAGAUUAUUACACCAUGGUUUUAGAAAAAAAAAGUUUUUCAAAAAAGUUUUUUAAUUGAGCUUAUAGUGUCUCUGUGUUGGCUUGAUAAAAAUUAUUAUUGUCAUGUUACUGAACAGAAUUUGAGACCCAGAGGGUUAUCUAUUUAUAACCCACAUGCCAUGUAGCCUUAGCUAGGUAGUGAAAUAAUAUGAUAUAUAGCAAGAUAAAGAAUGAGCUAGGUAUAAAGACUAUUUUUUUUAAGAAUAAAAAUUUAGUCUUCCAAAUAGCUCAAAAGAGGGUCUUGGUAUGAUAACCCUAAGUCCAUAGUCAGCCUUUCAGACAGAAGAAUAUUUCAGAUUUCUAUAAAGUAAAAAUGCUUUUGGCUGUUUAUACAGUGCUGAGGAGAAAGGGUGAGAUUACAGCGAUGUGGAAAUGUUUUAUGUUUGUUCAGAAUUGUUGGGCAAGAGAGAGAACAGGAAUCAAGGUGCUUACUUUGCACUUGGCUGACCUAAAUCUCAUCCCCUCCACAAUUUGUGGGUCCCUGACACCAAGAGUGAACCUUGAUCACAGAGCGAGAAUAAGCCC